AUGUCGAUGCAACGAGUUAAUUGUGCCCCCGUGCGACAUUUGUUUUAUUUGAAGAACUCCAAACAGUAUGCCGACAUAUCACGUAACAUCGUUCGCCGACAAUUGGCAACAGCUCCACCAAAGCGUACUGUUGGCCCGAGUACACUAAAGUUAGCGAUUUUGGGCUCGACAUUAGGUGCUACUGGAGGCACAGUUUACUCUUUAUAUAGUAAUUGGAAGGACGGCAAUUCACAUAAGGAACAUGAACGAUCUGCGCCGGCUGUAAUAACCGAAUUUCCCUCUAAUGUCAAGAUAACCAAGAAAUUUGUCAAUCCCAAGGAUAAUUCGGGGUUAGAUGUAACCCUAUUCCAAUUUCAGACGUGUCCGUUUUGCUGCAAAGUGAGGGCAUUCCUAGAUUAUAUGGGAAUUUCAUAUAAAGUCGUAGAAGUUGAUGCGGUUCUACGCCAGGACAUUAAGUGGUCCGACCAAAAAAAAGUUCCAAUGGUUCUGAUAAGGCAAAGAGAUGGUCGUUACGUACAGAUGACGGACUCCAGUGCAAUAAUAUCUUUGAUUGCGACAUAUUUGAAUGAUAAAAGUGCGGAUAUUGGCGAACUGGCACAGUUCUACCCCACUAUAUCGUUUUUUGACGACAAUCAGAAAAAGAAGCACGAUAUUAUGAACAAAUACUUCCUUAUGUAUCGUGAUCAAACCCCUAAAGGUCAUUCAAAGGAUACUGAAGAACUCGAACGUAAAUGGCGCACUUGGGCGGACUCUCACCUUGUCCAUCUUAUAUCUCCGAAUUGUUAUCAAACAUUGGAUGAAGCAUUUGAAACAUUUGAAUGGUUCUCACAAGCUGGAGAAUGGGAUAUACAUUUCCCACAUUGGGAACGUAAUCUGAUGGUAUAUGCAGGCGCUACAGCAAUGUGGGGAAUUGCUAAAAUUCUUAAAAAGAGACAUCAAUUGUCGGACGAUGUAAGAUCACAUAUAUACGACGCCUGCAAUAAAUGGACCAAAGAAUUAGAAAAACGCAACAGCAAAUUUAUGGGUGGCAAAGAACCAAAUUUGGCCGAUCUCUCCGUUUUUGGUGUUCUUAGCAGCAUGGAGGGCUGUCAAGCAUUCAAAGAUUGUGUGCAAAAUACAAGUAUAGGAGAAUGGUUCUACAACGUAAAGGAAUUAAUUCAAAAAAAUCGUGGUCAACUGAUACGUGAGCGAAUUGAAGGUGAACUUCCUAAUAUUUUGAAUUCUGCCGCUAAUUAA